AUGUCGUGUAAAAAUUCAAAUUAUACUGAUAGGUGGUGUCAUAUGAAAAAACCGCUUCUUCUUGUUCCCCACUCUCUCUGUUCAAAUCAAUCGCGUUACCAUCUUCAACACCGUAAACCUCUCUGCUCUGCGUCGGUUUCCGCAAACCAAACAAAAUGGAACUCGAAAACGAACGUGGUGGUCACACACCCAACCCUGGUUGUGAUGGAAUCGUGUUCCUCCAUGCACCAACUGAGGCAGAUUCAAGCACGCAUGACUCUCACCGGCCUCAUCACCCACACCUUCCCCCUCAGCAGACUCCUCGCUUUCUGCGCCCUCGCCGACGCCGGCGACCUCCGCCACGCCCACCGUCUCUUCCGCCGCAUCCCCCACCCCAACACCUUCAUGUGGAACACCAUGAUCCGAGCCUACCUCAAAGCCCGAAUCCCCACCACCGCCUUCUCCUUCUUCCUCCACAUGCUUCAACGAGAAAUUCCGUUGGACUCCAAAACCUUCCUUUUCGCGCUCAAGGCCUGCGAGCUCUUUUCGCGGCCCUCCCACGGGGAAUCCGUGCAUUGCCUCGUUCGGAAGAUGGGUUUUGAUUCUGAGUUGCUCGCGCGAAAUGGGUUGGUGCGAUUUUACGCUGAACGUGGUUGGUUGAAACACGCGCGCCAGGUGUUCGACGAAAUGUCUGUUAAGGAUGUUGUUACUUGGACCAUCAUGAUUGAUGGGUAUUCGGGUUACGACUUUUCAGAUGAGGCUUUGGAGUUGUUUGGUUUGAUGCUGGCCGGUGAUGUUGAGCCCAAUGAAGUCACGUUGAUUGCGGUGCUUUCAGCAUGCUGUCAGAAGGGUGACCUUGGUAUGGGGAAACGCGUUCAUGAAAUUAUGGAGAGGGGAAAUGUGAGGUGCUGUUUGAGUUUGCACAAUGCUUUGUUGGAUAUGUAUGUGAAAUGUGGGAGUUUGAUGGCUGCUAGGGAGCUUUUUGACGGAAUGGAAACUAGGGAUGUUUUCUCGUGGACUAGCAUGGUUAAUGGGUAUGCUAAAUGCGGCGACUUGGAGUCUGCGAGGAAGUUUUUCGAUCAAACUCCUCGCAAGAAUGUGGUCUGCUGGAGUGCGAUGAUUGCGGGAUAUUCUCAGAAUGACAAACCCGAGGAAUCAUUAAAAUUGUUUCAUGAAAUGAUUGGAGAAGGUUUAGUUCCAGUCGAGCAUACCUUAGUGAGUGUGCUCUCUGCCUGUGGCCAGCUGAGUUGCUUGAGUUUGGGUCAUUGGAUUCAUCAAUAUUUUGUUGAUGGUAAAAGAAUGCCACUUAGUGUUACUUUGGCAAAUGCCAUUAUAGAUAUGUAUGCUAAAUGUGGAAGGAUAGAUGCAGCCGCGGAAGUCUUCAGUGCAAUGUCGGAGAAAAAUCUGGUUUCUUGGAAUUCUAUGAUUUCAGGGUAUGCUGCCAAUGGUCAAUCAAAGCAAGCUGUUGAAGUUUUUGAUAAGAUGAGGAAUAUGGGAUUAAAGCCUGACGAUAUUACGUUUGUGAGUUUGUUGACAGCUUGCAGUCACGGUGGCUUGGUUUCUGAAGGUCAAGAAUACUUUGACACCAUGGAAAGAAACUAUGUGGUAAAACCCAAAAGGGUACAUUAUGCUUGCAUGAUUGAUCUACUAGGUAGAACAGGGUUCCUGGAAGAAGCUUACAGAUUAAUAACAAACAUGCCAAUGCAACCUUGUGAGGCUGCUUGGGGUGCUCUUCUAAGUGCUUGUAGAAUGCAUGGUAAUGUUGAGCUGGCAAAAAUUUCUGCUCUUAAUCUUUUAAGCUUGGAUCCGGAAGACAGUGGCAUUUAUGUGCUGCUGGCAAAUAUUUGUGCUAAUGAGAGAAAAUGGGGUGAUGUAAGAAGGGUGCGGUCUUUGAUGAGAGACAAGGGUGUGAAGAAGAUUCCUGGUCAUAGUUUAAUAGAGAUAGAUGGGGAAUUUAAAGAAUUUUUGGUGGCAGAUGAAUCCCACCCUCAAUCUGAGGAGAUCUAUAAAGUAUUAGAAGAAAUAUUUUUGUUGUCAAAAUUGGAAGACUUUGCCUGCGAGUUAUAGUCUUUAAUGUGGACCCAUAUCUCUCCAUGGCAUUCCAGUAAAUCUUGAAACUCAAAACCUUGUGUUAAGAAUUAUUUAUAAUACUUAGAAUCGAUCUAAUGCAAAAGUGGACGGUGAAUGGUGCGGUCUCCCGCUAUGCCCCAUGAUGUGCUCGAACUAUGAAUGAAUUGUCUUCUUGCUAUCCUACGGGGGCUAGUUACUGCAGCUAAUGUUAUGCAUAUAUUCCUGUUCACAACUCUGGGAACCUCUCGCAGGUUAUUUGGCUUAAACUUCAUUCAUAAUACAGGCAUAGAGCAAUUAGCUUCUUUUUGCCACCUGGAUUAUCAGACUAGAAAGUAGAAACCAUCUUUUCUUGGAAGUGACUUUCGUAGGAGAAUUUGAGAAAGCAUUUUCUUGCGGUUGUAGCCAUCAUUCUUGGCAGAAAGAGUUUACUUGGCUACCGGCUUCGUGCAAGGUCAAUUUUCUUCCGAGUGUCUUAUUCGUUUAACUGAUACGCAAAUUUUUUUUUCCAUCUUAGAAGAUAUUCCUACAAUCUUUAAGAACCUUUAAGAAACGUGUAUAAUUGUAAAAUCAUACAUGUAACCGAUUAUCAGAAUAACAAUGUUAGGCAUACAAAG